AUGAACGCAAUUAAAACGGGCGAACUCGCCCAGAAUGUAACACAGAGUGCCAACAUCAUGUUGUCGCAGUUUGUGGAAAGUAUAAAGCAGGCAGAUUUCAAAGGUGCACUAACGAGCAUCGAGCAGAUAUGGAGCCAGGUAACAGGAUGGCAGAUCUUCUUCACGUUGCUGAUCUUGGCAAUCACGUACGACCAGGUGAUGUACCAGAUUAGGAAGGGGUCGAUUGCCGGGCCGAGGUUCAAGUUUCUUCCCUUUGCAGGACCGUUUUUCCAAAGUAUGAAUCCAAAAUUCGAAGAGUACAUGGACAAGUGGAAGUCAGGCCCACUUUCGUGUGUCUCGAUCUUCCACAAGUUCGUGGUGAUCGCGUCGACACGUGACCUCGCGCGCAAAGUGUUGCAGUCGCCAUCUUUUGUGCAUCCGUGUGUUGUUGACGUGGCCAGAAAGAUUUUGAGGCCUACAAACUGGGUUUUCCUCGAUGGAAAGGCCCACACGGACUACCGGAAGGGGCUCAACCCCUUGUUCUCGAAGAAGGCCUUGGAGGUGUACAUCCCGGAGGAGGAGAAGGUCAUGGACAGGUACAUUCAGGAGUUUGUGGAUAUGAGUAAAGGUGGAUACGUGCAGUACUUCCUAAAAUUCCGCGAGUACAUGUGCGCAAUCUCUUUGAAGACCUUCUGCGGCGACUACAUCACCGAGGACCAGAUCCAGGAGGUGGCUGUGAACUACUACCGCGUGACUGCCGCCUUGGAGUUAGUCAACUUCCCUAUCAUACUUCCAUACACCAAAACUUGGUACGGCCGCAAGAUUGCCGACGAGACGAUGAAUGUGUUUGCUGGAUGCGCUCAGAUGGCCAAGGACCGCAUGGCUGGUGGUGGCAAGCCAAACUGCGUGAUGGACAACUGGGUUUUGAGCAUGUUGGAGUCGCAAAACGGCACAAGUGGCCGUAAAAUCAAGCUUUUCUCCAACAAGGAGAUAUCCGAGGCCGUGUUCACAUUCUUGUUUGCCUCGCAGGAUGCCUCGUCGUCCUUGUGCUGCUGGUUGUACCAGUUUAUCGCCGAUCGGCCGGACGUUAUGCACAAAAUCAGGGAGGAGCAGCUUCGGGUCCGCGACGGCGACGCAUCGAAACCGCUUUCCUUGGACCUUAUCGACAAGAUGACCUACACCAAUAUGUGCGUGCGUGAGGCGCUCCGUUUGCGGCCUCCGGUGUUGAUGGUGCCAUAUAUGGCAAAGAAGAGUUAUCCAAUCAGUGACCAGUACACGGCACCGAAGGGUUCGAUGGUCAUUCCCACCUUGUACCCGGCCUUGCACGACCCGGAGGUCUACGAUGACCCGGAGGAGUUCAAGCCCGAGCGCUGGGUCAAAGGUGGAAAAGCGGAUCUUGCCAAAAAGAACUGGUUGGUGUUUGGUGCCGGAACUCACGUCUGCUUGGGCAGAACUUACGUUGUGACAUCUUUCACGGGCUUCAUCGGCAAGGCUGUGUUGGCCACUGACUUCCAGCACAAGGUCACGCCAAAGAGCGAGAAGAUCAAGGUUUUCGCCACUAUUUUCCCUCAGGAUGAUCUUUAUCUGAAGUUCACCAAGCGGCCGGAUCCAUCGCGCCUUGAUUAG